AUGUCGACCGAAACAGUAACUUCCACCACUACCACUAGUCCUUCAACGAGCAAACGUCAGAAAGUGAGUGAAUUCAAUGAUGGUAGAAAAACCCCAUCUUAUCCCUGGCUCCAAAGUGCCACUGACUGGUUUAAACAAAGUUUAAAACCUUCAUAUGCUGAUGAGCAAGUUGAGAGACGAUUGCUUUCGUAUUUGCCAUUUUUCCCUGAAUCAGAUGGUCUGCGCCGUGCAAGUGUAAUCAACACAGAUAUUGGAAACGGGAACUAUAUUCAUGAAUUGUUUAUUGAAAAUCUAGAAAAAGACACAUCAAAGGAUGCGUCGUCAACAAAGGAAAUUGUAUUAGUGCACGGGUAUGCUGCUUCCUUGGGAUUGUUUAUAGACAAUUUUGAUUCAUUGUCGAGAAUACCAGGGAUCAAAAUUCACGCAAUAGAUUUGCUUGGGUUUGGGUUGAGUUCUAGACCGAAAUUCCCUCAAUUUCCAUCGAAAACUAAACAAGAUAUUUAUAAAGUGGAAGAUUGGUUCAUUGAUUCUUUGGAGACGUGGAGAAAAAAACGUAAUAUUGGAAAAUUCAUUUUGAUGGGUCAUUCCUUUGGUGGAUAUUUGAGUUGUGCGUAUGCCUUGAAAUAUAAUAAAAAGAUCAUUGAGCGUGGGAUAUCCCUGAAUUUGAUUGAAAAGUUGAUACUCAUUAGUCCUGUUGGUGUUGAACGCAGUCAGUAUUCGUUAUUGAAAAAGGAAACAAAUCUCACUCCACAGGUGUCUCCCGAACAGGAAUUAUUGGUUAAUCAAGAAGAUAUAGUGCACGGCAACGAAAUAGAACAAGAUCCACGAACCAGAACAAGACGAUUGUUGGAGUACAUGUGGGUGCAUAAUUACUCGCCGUUUGCAAUCAUUAGAAAUGCCGGUCCUUUCAAAUCUAAACUCAUAUCCAGGUGGACAACACAUAGAUUUUCCCACGUCUACUACCAGGAUGAGCAACAAUUUAAAAAUAUCCAUGAUUAUAUAUACAGGAUCUUCAAUGGCAAAGGCUCAGGUGAAUAUGCCCUCACCAGGGUAUUAGAUGUUGGUGCUGUGGCGAAAUUGCCCUUAUUAGACAGGUGUCCAGAAAAGUUUGUCAAAAUGAAAUUGCCAACAUUGUGGUUAUAUGGUGAUAAAGAUUGGAUGAAUGAUGAAGCUGGAUUAGAAAUGACUAAUGAGAUAAACGAUUUAUCAAUCAAGGAAAAUUCCGAAAAACUUGCCAGUUUCCAUAUCAUAUCGAAUGCUGGACACCAUCUUUACCUUGACAAUCCACCGGAAUUUGCUAAAAUUGUAUUUCAAUUUUUAAAGUUUAAGAAAGGGAAAGUAUAA